AUGGCAAAAACAGCCGUCGACCUCAAGAAUGAGGGCAACAAGGCUUUCGCGGCGGGCGACUGGCCGGCCGCUAUCGACUUGUACACACAGGCCAUCGAGCUCGACGAUUCACAGCCUACCUUUUACUCAAAUCGAGCGCAGGCACACAUCAAAUCCGAAGCCUUUGGCUACGCCAUCGCGGACGCCACCAAGGCGAUAGAGCUCGACCCCAACAUGCUCAAGGCGCAUUUUCGACGAGGUCUUGCCCGCGCUGCGAUUCUGAAACCAAAGGAAGCCGUAGCUGACUUCAAACGAUGCGUCGAGCUCAACCCCCAAAGCACUGACGCCCGACUCAAAUUGGAAGAAUGCAAGAAGAUUGUGCGCCAGCUGGCCUUCUUCGCCGCCAUUGAGGUCGGCGACCAGCCCUCGGCGGCUGAGGGCCUGGAUCUGGACAACAUGGUUGUUGACGAGAGCUACGACGGCGCCCGUCUGGGCAAGGAGAUGACGCAGGAAUUCAUUGAUGACAUGACCGAGCGCUUCAAGCAGGGCAAGAAAUUGCAUCGCAAAUACGUAUACCAGAUCAUCCUCGCCGUCAAACAGAUUGUCUACGAGGAAGCGACCAUGGUCGAGAUGAAGAUCCCCUCGGGUGUCGAGCUGACCGUCUGUGGCGACACACACGGCCAAUACUUUGAUCUGAUGGAGUUGUUCCGACGCAACGGAAACCCGAGCGACAAGCAUUGGUACCUGUUCAACGGUGACUUUGUGGACCGUGGCUCAUGGUCAACGGAAAUCGCCCUGCUGUUGUACGCGUACAAGUGGCUUCGCCCGCACGGCUUCUUCCUGAACCGCGGCAACCACGAAACAGACGACAUGAACAGGGUGUACGGUUUCGAGGGCGAGUGCAAGGCCAAGUACAACGAGAGGACAUUCAAGCUCUUCUCGGAAAGUUUCUCCGCCUUGCCUCUGGCUACCCUUAUCGGCAAAAAGUACCUCGUCCUCCACGGCGGCCUUUUCUCCGACGACAAUGUUACAUUAGACGACAUUCGCAAGCUCAACCGACACAACCAGCGCCAGCCUGGACAGUCCGGUCUGAUGAUGGAGAUGCUCUGGACAGAUCCGCAAGAGGCAAAGGGCCGCGGGCCCAGCAAGCGAGGUGUCGGCAUGCAGUUCGGUCCCGACAUCACAGCCAAGUUCUGCGAGAAGAACGGGUUGGAGGCAGUCAUCCGCAGUCACGAAGUGCGCAUGGACGGGUACUGCGACUCGACGGAGAACAGGGGUGCUUACAUCAACAUUGGCCCCGACUACAAGCUCAAAUACGAGCAAUUCGACGCUGUGCCGCAUCCGGACAUCAAGCCCAUGGCAUACGCCCAGAAUUCUCUUCUCUCGUCGCUUAUGUAG